CGCGUGGCACGUAGCGCCUCUUCCCUCCUCCUCCCACAUCGCAUUUAUAUGGAGGCGCCACUUGCUCGCUGCCCCUUCAAAAUCGCCUCGCCAUUUGCCACACGUCGGAGGAGAGGACACCAGAGGGGAAAUAUUCAGCUGCCUGCUCUAGCUUGUUUUUUUUUUUGAAGAGUUAGUUCUUGGUUGGUGUCGUGAUCCAUGUCGGAGAUCUGCUGCCACGUGCCGGCGGGGGCCGGGGCGGAGGGGAAGGGCGCCGACUGCCAGGACGGCAGCCGGGCGGCGCGGCGCCGGAGGAUGGAGAUACGGCGCCACAGGCUGGUGGCCGAGCGUGGGGCCGAGGAGACGUCCAGGAAGAGGCGGAAGCUGGAGGAGGAACCCUCCUCCACGGACGAGGAGGAGAUUGAGCCCGCCAAGUACGGCGUGACGUCGGUGUGCGGCCGCCGGAGGGACAUGGAGGACUCCGUUUCCCUCCGGCCCGAGUUCCUCCCCGGCCACCACUUCUUCGGGGUCUUCGACGGCCAUGGCUGCUCGCAUGUUGCAACGUCGUGCGGCGAGCGGAUGCACGAGAUCGUGGCCGACGAGGCCCGUUCGUCGGGCUCAGACGACGCGGAGCGGUGGACGGGCGUCAUGGAGAGGAGCUUCGCGCGGAUGGACGCCGAGGCCGUGGGCUCAAGGUCAAGGGCCAGCGGCGCCGAGGCAGCGCCCAACUGCCGGUGCGAGCUGCAGCUGCCCAAGUGCGACCACGUCGGCUCAACGGCCGUCGUCGCCGUCGUCGGCCCUCGCCACCUCAUCGUCGCCAACUGCGGUGACAGCCGUGCGGUCAUCUGCCGCGGGGGCGCCGCCAUCCCACUCUCAUCCGACCACAAGCCGGAUCGCCCCGACGAGCUGGAGCGGAUCCAAGCGGCCGGAGGGCGCGUCAUCUUCUGGGACGGCGCCCGCGUCUUCGGCGUGCUCGCCAUGUCGCGCGCCAUUGGAGACAGCUACCUGAAGCCAUUCGUGAUACCCGACCCGGAGGUGAGGGUCCUGGAGAGGAAGGACGGCGAGGACGAGUUCCUCAUCCUCGCCAGCGACGGCCUGUGGGACGUGGUGAGCAACGAGGUGGCGUGCCACGUGGUGCGGUCGUGCGUGCGGAGCAAGGCCAAGCGCCGCGGGGGCCGGUCCAGCCCGACCUCCAACCUGAGCCCCAGGCAGAGCAGCGGCAGCGGCAGCAGCAGCGGCGACGAAGCCCAGAACGAGAGCGGCGGUUGUGCCGCCGGCGCUGGCUCCGAGAGCGACGACGAGGAGGUGGACGAGGCAUGCGCCGAGGCGGCCAUCCUGCUGACCAAGCUGGCGAUCGCGCGGCAGAGCCCGGACAACGUCAGCGUCGUCGUCGUCAACCUCAGGCGCCGCCCGAGAUUCUGACCGCCGCCGCUAGAUCCAUGGAUCCACCAACACCAAGCCGGUCGUCCCUGCAUCCCGACUCAGCGGCGAACGUGGCAUCCAUGGCGGUAUUCAUAAAAUACACAACGGAAUUAUUCCGUUCAUUAUUCGGGGGGUGGUAAAGGUGUUCAGAUCAGAACCGCCCCCGCCAUUUUCCUUUCGAAUGCAAAACCGGUGGUGCUUCCGGCGUGGCAAGAAACUUUCUCGAGCGUCAAGAGAAACUGUAACGUAUGAUAUGUCCGGUGUCGCUUUGGCUCGCGGAAAACGAUCAAGGCUUCCAUUCCAUGCA